UGUAAUACAAUAUUACAACUAUAGCGUGAACAUCCAAUACCUACAACACGUCUUGCAUUGUACAACUUUCGUGGUCUUCGAUCAUCUCGUUUCCACAAUGAUGAUUAUGUUGCUAAUACCAAGAUUACUGGUUGCAGUGGCCGUGAUGUUGAUUGUUAUCGACGUCGGGGUGAUCGCGAGGCGAUGGUUUUCAUUUGGCUGGUGGGCGAAGCCGUCACCCUAUUUGGGAAAUUCGAAACCCCGUUCACCCUACUUUCAAACAACUCACGUAGAAAAUAUUUAUCGACCCUAUAGACCCGAUUUAUCCUCAAGGAUCGAUAGCUAUGGUCGUAUACCUAGCGAUAACUACAACGAUGAUUUGAAUUUAUCCUCAUGGAUCGAUAGCUAUUAUGGUCGUAAACCUAGCGAUAAAUACAACGCUGAUUCGGUUAUAUCCUCAUGGAUCGAUAGCUAUGGUCGUAAACCUAGCAAUAAAUACAACAAUGAUUUGGAUUUAUCCUCAAGGAUCGAUAGCUAUGGUCGUAAACCUAGCGAUAAAUACAACGAUGAUUCGGUUUUAUCCUCAUGGAUCGAUAGCUAUGGUCGUAAACCUAGCAAUAAAUACAACAAUGAUUCGGUUUUAUCCUCAUGGAUCGAUAGCUAUGGUCGUAAACCUAGCAAUAAAUACAACAAUGAUUCGGAUUUAUCCUCAAGGAUCGAUAGCUAUGGUCGUAAACCUAGCGAUAAAUACAACGAUGAUUCGGAACUUCAGGAACUGAUGAAGUCGCUAGAAAUAUAUCACCAAAGAUCAACUCCAUCUGCUCCCGUUAACCAGAAGCUUAACACCACUAGUGAACAACCUCAGAAUCCGGAGGUUACUACCAUAUCCACCACGAUUACGGCAGACACUCCGUUAGUGGACGAGCUGCAGGACUCUUCGACCAACCUCGGAAAAGGUCUCGGACUAUUAUUUCUAUCGGAUCCCGUUAAGUGGGAGGAACCAUCCACCUGGAAUUUUACUAAAACCUCACGUCGUACACAGUUUAAGACACCGGGAGCAACUGUGGAACAUAAUCUCGAGGAAAAGAAAUCGCAGACCACCAAAAAUCUCGGACAACCACAGUUACCAGCUGAAAACUAAAGAAGAAAUUCUGAAAUCGAAGUAGUUCAAUCAGAUUAGUUGAAUCGGGAUUUUAUGUACAGUUUCACGGGGUGCAGUUUUCCCUUGUGGUUGCCACACAAGGGCGACUAGGGCAACGUUUCAAUCCUCAAAUUUAUAUAUUGACCGGUCCCAUUUAUUAGUUUUACCCAAACAUUUAAAAACGUAAAUGUAUAAUAAUACAAAUUGUAUUUACCUAUUGUUACUUUAACGGACAAUGUAUGAGGAAUUUUUAGUUUUUAUGCAGUUUAUUAUUGUUUUUAAGUCAUAUUUAGCUUGAAUAAAUAAAUUAGAACAUGAA